AUGGAGUCCGGCAACGUGAAGGCUGUUUUGUCAAACCCGGGUUUCUCAGAUGAGGCCCGCCGAGGAAGAGGUGCCAUCAUCUCCGGCACCGAGGAAGACAAUGCUCCUCCUGUUCCAGGGGCAGCCUGGCACUCAAUGAUUGAGGUCCGAGAAAAGGAGUGUUUCGCCUUUGAGGUUGUCGGACAGCAGCUGAACAGGUUCGUGAAUUACAUGUUGCCAAUGCUUCUGGAAAUUGCUGCAGUUUCAUGUCAUGCCCAUGUGCUUCAACAGCUUGGUGCCUCCCUGUCGAGCGAGUGUCUUCGCGUGGCGCAUCACGACCUCAUGAGCCACCCUCCGAAGUUCCUGUUGGUCUCCAGCAGCUCAGGCUCAAGCUCGAUUCCCUUCGCGACCGCCAGCAUGAGCGAGCCGCUGCUGCCAGCGCCCGAGAACGAUCCUCGAUGGAACAGCUGGCCAUGCUCCGGCAAGCACACCCCGGGCCGCUACCGCAACAAUCAGUACGCAACCUGGCGGACGUGUUCCCGAUGUGCCUUGAGGUUGGAGUACACACCGAAGCAGGGCUACAAGGGGAUCUACCGACAGGCCGGACCGAGCAACACUGUGCUGGCGACGGCCAUCGGGGAGAUUCGCAUGGAGAUGGAGGCAUCGGAGGUGACGGAGAAGCAUGUCAACGACAAGUGCAUGGAAGUGGCCGGGAGAUUGAGGCAGCAGGGGUACAAUGUGACGACCCGGGAGCCAAUAGAAAGGGUGAAGGGCUCGGAGCCAAAGGCAUCCGCGAUGAAGAAGAGCCCGAUAUCCAAGGCGAAGGGCAACGAUGCCCGAGAGAGCGAGGAGGCGGAGAAGGAGGUGUCCCCGGUGAACCUCUCCAACGAGAAAAUCCACCAAAGCCUCUACGAGAUCAGCCAACUGGAGCAAAGGAUGCAAGCCCAGCGCGACAAGUUGAUGGAAGAGGUUGGUCUCCGUGGUUUGAUGGAGGAGGACGGAGAGAACGGGCACUACGAGGACACUCCUGUCGGUUCGGCUGGUGUCCACAAUCCUCACAAGCACUACGAGGACACUCCUGUCGAGACGACCGGCUACGAGGCCAUGUUCUUUGAGCUCGAGGAGUUCCAGAAAUUUGAGAAGGACACGACCAAACUCGACUCCAAGGUGCGGAACCAUGAGCGGGCACUCCGAGGAGAUUUCGUGAUUGAGAUGCCGGCAAAGCUGCGGGCUUGCUGUUCGGAGAUUUCCUACCUUAAGGAUGCCGCCUCCGAACAGGGCAUGACCGUGUAUGACUUCAAGAUCCAUGGGUGCGCCUUUGGCAUGAGAUGCGGUGGUCUUCCUGUGAUGAAAGAGUGGCGCGUCAUGACAACCUCCGAGGCUGUGAAGAUCGGCCUUGAACGACGAUGUCCGGGACACCCUGAACAUGUGGAGGACCACGGCGGCUGCGCACAGUGCAGUGACCCUCGAUGGUUUCCGAAGGCAAUGGAAAAGCGAGUGGUGGACGACUCACAGUCCAAGCAUGGUGUGCGCACUUUGGCCGCCGACGUGUUUGCCCUCGCACGACAGAAGAUUCCGCUGGAACCACCCACUGGCAAGAAGCUCGAGGAGAUCAAGCAGAUGGUGCUUCGCUUGCACCGUUCCUCCGGACAUUCUUCCUUUGUCCGGAUUGCAAAGUUGCUGGAGCGCCGUGGUGCUCCAAGUUGGGCAAUUGAGCUGACCAAGUCGAUGGGGCCACCUUUGCUCUGGGAGAUCUGUGGCACAGACGUCUUUGAGUAUGCCUUCAAGACGGAGACCGGACAGGUCAAGAAGUUGAAAGGGUGCAUUUGGGUCGACCGGGCCUCCCGAUACUGUGUGGUCAGCGGCCUGAAGAUUUACGAGGAUGCCUGGGAGCCAACCACGGCUGAUAUCACGAGGGUGUUUCUUCGUGACUGGAUGAUGACGAGUCCAGCGCCUCGGUGGUUGAUAGCUGACUCCGCCCUCUACUACACUUCUGAGGAGAUGCGUGACUUUUGUGGUCGGAGCGGCAUCGGCCUCUUGAUCUCUCCUCCUGAGGCCCACUGGCUAAUGAGCCACGAGGAACAGCUGAUUGGACGCUUGAAAGCAACCGUCGACCGCAUGAUCAAGGAGGACCCCGACUUGUCUGUCAUCUCAAUGUUUCAUUACGCGUGCCACGCCUGCAACAGCACGAUCCAGCAUCAGUCCGGAUACUCACCUUUUCAGUGGGUUCGUGGGGCUGUUCCUUCAGACAUGGUUCCGGAGGGCGCAAACCCCAAGAAGGCCUUUGAGGAAACCCUCAAGUUCCGGGAGCAAGCCGCCAUUGCAUAUCGUCGGGCACAGGCGGCGGACCAGAUGUCCAAACUGGGGAACACUACCAGUCGUCCACCACAGGUGUUCGAACCAGGGACGCUCGCCAUGAUAUGGCGAGAAAGACGUGCCAACGGGCGCGGUGGAUGGCAGGGCCUAGUUCGUAUCCUGCUACGGGAAACUGCGGCCAUCACGAACGGGGCGGCUGUCUGCCGCAUGCCAGUGACCCUGGUGAAGAACAUUCCAGUGAAGGAGGAGGACUUGCAUGGACAGCUCUCCGUACACAUGAGAAUCCAGCUCGAUGCCUGCUGGAUCGUUGGACUGGUGAGACUCGUUUUCGCUUGGCUGCCAGUCACCCCGCCGCCACUCUGCAACAUCGCUCUGGCCAGGAUGAAGCUUCGGUUGAAUCUCGAGAUCCUCCGGCCUACGGCAACAGCUAGCGCAUCAGGCGACAAGGCUCAGAAUGAAGCCUCUGUUGAACAUCGAGAUCCUCCGGAAUCCUCUCGUGGUCGUUAUCGAUUACCUCAUGUGGAUGCUGGUGGCAGCAAGUUCAUGUACGACAAGCGCACCGAGGUGAUGAUCCCCGUGGAAGCUUCUGAUGCAGAGACUUCGGUUGUGGCUGACAGCACCGAUAGCGAGAUGGUUCCCGAUGUUCCAACCCGUUCGCCUGAGGGACAAGGACGUAAGGACCGCAAGCGGAAGGAGCCAGCUGCUCCAGAUGACAUGACGGGGUACAUGUUCGAGAUCGACAUGGCCGACAAGGACUGGCAACAGCUUGCUGGGAAACCUCGACGAGGCCCAGUCCAAAGAGAUUUCCAACGUGAUCCGGAAUGCUGCGGUGAGAAGCCUUCUCACGCACGAGAAGCAGAUGUUGGACUGGUCGCGGGUUAUGAAAAUGAGGUGGGUGCUCACGGUGAAGUCCGACGGGCGAGCUAA